CCAACGUAGUACAAAUCUCCUCGGCUCGUCCACAGCGUCAGGCAGGCAGUCCAUCCUCAACCUUCAGUUCUUCAAAGCACCUUACCAAAAGGAACCAUGGCUGCCAAAACCACCUCAUGCUUUACUUUCCUAAAGGAAGCGCUGAUCCUCCCCACGUUAAACCCCAAGCUCUUCACGCCCUUGCUCCUCCUCUUUGCCGCCGCCGCCUUCCUAGACGACAUAGUCAGUUUCGUGUUCGUCCAGCCUCUCGCCGACGUCGUGGCCGGCCAUGUCUCCCCGGUCAACAACACCGACUUAUCGAGCGCCGAAUACGCAGAGCUCAUGGAGAUGGGGAGGCCAUUAUUGCAAGACGGUAUGAAGCUCAUCCUCAUCGCCGUCUCCAAGGUGAUGGUCGCCCUGGCGGUCGGCUUCGUCAAGAAGAUCCUCUUCCUCUUCGCGGCCUCCACGACCUACUCCGGCUACCGCUACUCGCUAGCCGAGCUCCUGCGCGAGCUGGUCAAGGGGAGGAUCAGCCUGAAGGGCCCUUCCAUCACCAUCGCCGUCAUCGACGCGCUUGACUUCGCGUCGGCGGUCCUGGCCGCGCUGAUUCCCGCUCCCGCCCUGAUGGGCGGGCUCUCCGGGGUGCUCUCCGUCAAGGGUCUCGUCUACCUCAUCGCGCUCCUCACCUCCCUCUACUUCACCGCCGUGGCGUUGGUGGGCGUCGCCGCGUCGGUGGUCGACAGGCGGUGCCGCGGCGUGGGGGCGCUCCGGCAGGCGUGGCGUCUCGUGACGCUGGUGAGGAGAAAGGAGGGCCUCCUGCUGGUGCUCGUGGCGCACUUCGUGCCCACCGUCGUGGCUCCGCUCUACCGGGUUGCUCUUGUGUAUGCGAAGACGAGCAUGGCGCUGUGCUUUUGCUCGCUGGCUGUGCAUGCUUUUCUGUCCUGUGCGCUGCAGCUCUUCUCUUUGACGGCAGCCACGGUGUACUACUACCAAGCCAUGCAAAGCAAGGAGGUGAUCGAUGCCUUGUGGUUAUGUUAGAUACUUAGAUCACAUUCCUUCGGUCCUUCCGGGAAAGGAAGUGCCUCUCAUUCAUCAAGUGGUUAUGCGCUAGUCCUGCUAGGUCUCGUUUUUCUUAUCCAAGUUGGUUAUAAUGCUAGAGGGGUCUUUCAUUUCUCGUGCGACAAUUUGUACUGUCUUUUGUAGCUGCAAUGUAUACUAGUCAGUUGUACUCCCUCGUAUCAAAAUACAAGACAUUUUUUAGGCUAAUUUUGCCUUGAAAAUGUCUUAUAUUUUGGUACAGAGGUAGUACACAUUACAUCAAAAAAUAUACGUCAUCGAGUAUAAAGUUGUACGCCGAGUGUCAAAGCACGAGUUCACGGCUUAUUUGCAUAUAAGCCGAGUAUAUACAACAGGACACAUGACAAAAAAAAACCACUCAGCUUACUUCUACAAAAGCUGCAUAUCUGCUAAGAAGACAUUCGGCUUAUAUAAUAUACUUAGCUUAUUGCUUAAUAAGCCGUGAGGCUCACGAAAAAGUACUCGACUUAUUGAAGAUACACGGCAAACGUAACGGCCAAUUGAGGCAUGCGUGCCG